UAAUAGCUGCAAUGCUCUGGAGGGYAUGGAUACCAUUGAGAAAUCUCGUAAGCAGCUAGUURUAUUUGUGACUAUCAAUGUCGUCUCUAUGGUCCUGGCCAUUAGCACCAACACCAUUGUUCUAUGGRUAACUUACAAGACCCAUCGUCUGCAUAGACCAGCUAACUAUAUCAUAUGUUCCCUCGCUGCUACAGACCUAUUAACAGGCGUUGUAUCUAUUCCAUUCUACGCUUUCUCAGUUUCCAGACAUCAUGUAUGGGAAAAGAACGAAGUUCUUAUUAAGAUAGAUGACGCGCUCUCCGCUCUUUUACUCGUGGGCACGACUCUUCAUAUAGCGGGCAUAAGCAUUGAUAGGCUUAUUGCUAUUAGAUGGUCUUUAAGGUACCACACUAUAAUGACACAUAAAGCCACUUUAAGGAUUAUAAAAUCAAUAUGGCUUAUGUCGAUAGUGCUUUCUGUACCCCUUCUUGGUACAUAUACGACUAACAAUGACUAUGAUGACUAUUACAGGAUGGGUUUAUUAKUAUUGAUGCUGUUUGGACCUUUUCUAGUAACUUUGUGCUGUUAUUUUUAUAUCAUUAAGAAGACCAAGGAACAACAACGGAGACUUUACCCAAAUCAAAAUCAAAAGAGUUGGAGAUACAAAGUAAAAACUACACCACAUUUAAGAAAGAACCGCAAAGCUAUGAAAACGUUUUUGAUCAUAAUUAUUGUAUUUAUUCUACUUCUGUUACCGACUCUUCUAAGCUCGGUUUCACUUGUCCUUUCAGACUGCACAGAGUUUUAUGAAAUUCUUAUCUAUAGGGACUGGUACAUGUUUAUAUUUUACUCCAGUACCUAUCUCAACCCAAUCAUAUAUGCUUUUACAAACAGAAGCUUUAGAGCAGCAUUUAAAAAAGUCUUUUUCGCUAAUAAGAAUGUAUCCACAGCCACUGCAGUCAAUUCCGCUGUACCUAAGUAUAAAAUKUCRGCCUUCUAAGCUCAAUAAAAUAAGACUUUGAACGUUUUACAGCGGUUAAUGACCCGUUAAUUAGUACGUAAAUUAAAAAAAAUAGAAGURUAUUUAGUAAAAAUAUUAUUCAUUUGCCGAAAAAGACCGAAAAAAAACAACUUUUAAGGUUGCGCGAAAUAUCCAUGCAAUUAACUAUUUGAACAUCAAAUGUUGGCUUUACGAGGUAUCUUGAAAGAACCCAUAACUGGCUAAUUGUUGUUCGCUGUCUUUAUUGACAAUAUACGCUCAUUCAGCAAAAAUGAAUUCUAUGUGGCCAUCAAAUUGUUUGUUGAUUAUUCAUUCAUUAACUCCAGCUGCCUGAGCAACACUUUGUUUGGAGGUAAAAUGUCACGUUCAUAAGCUGCUAGAUUAAUCAAAGUGACAUGAAACUGAAAAGAAUGAAAAACAAGGAAAGAAAACUUCAAAGAGAAUGAAAAAAGAAAAGUMUUUUAGUGCCCCGGAUCUAAGGUACAAUGUCGGAAAAUUCCCGAUUGAUAAAAAUUUCAUCUACGAUAUCUCUUAGUAUUUUUCAAGAGCGGGAAAUAUGUACCUAUUUAGUCAAAACACAACUUCAUUCCUGUUUUAACAGCUGUGCUCGCCGAAUUUAUGCAUGAAAAGUAGUUCCAAAGGAAACAUUACCAAAUGAAACCAUAGAUCAAAUAUAUUAUUCUUGCUGUCGCUGUGACAUAUGUGUGGUUUUAUUAUUAAAGGUACAAUUC